CAGAAAUUUGAGGAUGAACCUUAUUCCACUGUCAGCCCUUUUAGCAUUUUUCUAUAGCUUUGCACUAUGUAAACCUGUCCAGGUAGCCACAAGAAAUAAUGAAAUGGAGAGCGAUACAACUCUGCAUGAGGGUGACAUUGUCUUGAGAAGGAAACGCAGUGCCAUAAACUGUGACAGCAGCUGCUUCUGGCCCAAGUCCCGUGAUGGGCUAGUCAACGUCCCAGUUAAUAUUUCUACAGAGUUUUCUGUGGAAGAGAGGACUUGGAUUGCUGAAGCAAUGCAGGAGUUCACAACCCUGACUUGUGUCCAGUUUAUAAAUCGCACAACAGAAACCAACUACAUAAGCGUUGUACCUGGGGAGAGCUGCUGGUCUCACUUUGGAAAGAUUGGAGGUAUGCAGAAGGUGGGCCUCAUGAAAACCGGCUGCAUGAAUAAAGGAGCAAUUCAACAUGAAAUGAACCAUGCGCUGGGUUUUUUACAUGAACAGGUCCGGAGUGACCGGGACAACUAUGUUAAGAUCAUGUGGGAAUAUGUUAUGGCAGGGGAACAAGGGAACUUUAGGAAAGUGAAUUCCAAUAACCUGGGUCUUCCCUACGACUAUUCCUCAGUGAUGCACUAUGGCUUAUAUGACUUCUCUAACACCUCUGGGAAAGCAACUAUUGUACCGAUUCCUGAUCCCUCUGUACCCAUCGGACAGAGAGAGGGACUGAGUAAUCUUGACGUGGCUAAAAUCAACAAGCUCUAUAGCUGCAAUUGCUGUAGCAAUGUGCUGCAUAAACCUAGUGACACCUUCUCUUCUGUCAAUUACCCAUCCUUAUAUCCAGACAACAGCAACUGUCUGUGGCUCAUUCGCAUCCCACAGCAUCAGGUUUUCCUGCAGUUUGAUGCUUUUGAUCUUCAGCCUUCCCCAGACUGUACCUCUGACUACAUCAGAAUUUAUGAUGGAAGCAGCAGGAAUUCCAGUGUCUUACUGGACAAGUUGUGUGGGAUGGGGUCCUUACCAUCAUUGGUGGCUUCUAGAAACAUGAUGCUUGUAGAGUUUGUGAGCGAUCAGGCUACUGCAGCAACAGGUUUCCAAGCCUCCUAUAGCCAGGUGAAAUGUGGAAGCACUUUGACGGGCACAAGUGGAGUGAUCACCUCCCCGAACUACCCCAACAGGUACCCCAAAAACCAGGACUGCUUCUGGAUCAUCAGUGCUCCAGCAGAUUGCAAGAUAUCUCUAACAAUGGUGUCCUUUGAGCUGGAGGACAUUGAUGAAUGUAAGUAUGACUAUUUGCUUAUUCAUGAUGGGAGCCGACCCACAUCUCCAGCUGUUGGCCGAUACUGUGGGACAAUGCAGAUUGCAGACUUUACCUCCUCGGAGAACUUUGUGCUGGUAGAAUUUCACAGCGAUUUUGUUUGGGUGUUUCCUGGAUUCAUGCUGAACUACACUUUUGUUAUGCCAUCAUGAAGGAAAACUCAAGGAAAAUCUUCUUCCCCCAGUGCCAGGAAGAAAGAAAAGAGUGCCUGGAAGGACACCGAUUCACCUUGCUCUUUACCAUUUGCCUGCAAUAUAUUUUUUCAGAUACUGGUUCAUUUUCAUUUUCAUGUGGGAAUCUGAACUGUGAGACUGGUACCAAGAUGAGAGGGGGUACAGAGAAGUGGAACUCGGGAAUACUAUGUGGACACCACACAUUUUCAGCUCUGGUAAGAGCCGGCUUUCCAGGAGCUGUGAAGUCUCCCCAUAUUGCACAUGGUUGCCUCUUUGGAUUUGCACCUUGGAUGGAGAAUGUAACAAAAUUUUAACUUUACUCAUCCAUGCUGUGGUCUCUUUCUGGCUUUGUCUUCACUGCUGAAAAUGUGCAUUUUUUUUACCCCAGGUUAACUAAUGUGUGUGAGCUAUUUUAAGUAAAAAUGCAAUGAAGACAAGGCACUUUAGUUCUACCGGAAGGUAAACUAGGUGACGUCAACACCAGACUGGGGCAUAGUGCUGAUCUUGCCUAGUUUAGUUUUACU